AUGGUGCGUUGCUGGCGUGGUACGCUGAAGCAGCCGUUCGGGCUGAGGCUCUUCUGGAACAUCCAUCGCGCGCAUCCGCAGCUAAUGAAUAAUGAGGGUUUGCUGGAUAUUCUGAGGAAAACACGCUACUACCGAAAGCCGUGCAUGCAGCGAAACGAGCUGUCCAGGGAAAUCUCGAAAGCAAUUAUCAAUGAGGAUAUGCGUCGGAAAAUUCUCUUUUUGAUGCGCAAAAAUCGACCAGAUGCUUUCCCUGGCCAAAUGACAACGUGA